UUCACGUCACAUUCCAACAAACAACUGAAUCCAAAGCCAGGCAUUGAUGAGUGACACGUUGUUCUCCUCAGAAAAUAGAGUGAAUGUUUGCCACAAGUUUGAACAAGGAAAGACAACUCUCAGGAAUCACAGUACGAUCAAGAGGAAGAACCUGCAAAAAAAAACAGCGUUGUUUGGUGGCUAGCUCGCAGCAUACACUAAAAAUAGAUCUCAUUCUUCUCUGGGCAAAUAGGAGCCAAUCUGGGGACUCUUGAAGAUUUUUUGGUAGACUUAUGCUACCAUAGUUGCUUGGGGACGCAUAUGAUGCCUAGCCAUGAUGCCUGCUCAGACCCAUGUUUUGCUCAAGUGGCAGGAGCACUUUAAUAGUGCCUGGGCAGCGGAGGACAGUAUACAGACGGCUACCAGAAAUGGAGCGGCUGCACUCUACAACAAGCUCCUCCAGAACAAGGAGGUGGUCACGAUGGCCCAGCCUGUCCAUGAGCUUGUUGGCCCUCGUCUGCCUGACUUCGAGUGUGAAUCCUGUUCUUCAGCAGAGAAGGAGGAUUACCUCUCGGCCCUUCUCCGCAGCCAGCGAUGGUUGACCCACCGCAUGCUGAUGCAAACAUCUUUCACUUUGGGCCUCCACCAAAGGCUGGUAGUAUUCCAAAGGAUCUUCUACGCUCUGCAUAAUAAAUACCAUGAUAAAGUGCAAUUACCGUCCCAGUUCAUGGAUACUGAGACUGACAGUGGGCAACUUGAGCUGGUCUCUGAGCCCUGCCUGCCCGGAGGACUUUCCAAAGUCAAGUCAGGGACUGAUGUCCUCAUAGAAAUGGGUGUACGGACGGGUUUGAGUCUGCUCUUCUCACUACUGCGGCAAAACUGGAGAUACGCUGAAUCGAUGCAUCCUGAUUCCCUGCUUUGCAAUGACGUACUUGCCACUGCGUCAUCGGUGCUCGCCUCUCUGCCACCACUUUCCCUGGCCAAUGAGAAUAAAAUCCCAUCCGUCGGGCUGGACUGCUUGACUCAAGUGGCAGACUUCUUGAAGAAGACGUCGGUGACCAGUGGGUGCGGCAGUGCCGACUUGGAUGGCCGUAGGCUGGCACUUGAGCUGCUGCUUGGCCUGGCCAUGCAGAGAGGCUCACUGAAGUUCCUCCUCGAGUGGGUGGAGGUAUCGCUGGCUGCAUCCAUGCCCACCUCAGAUCCACCUUCUGCAUCUUCAACAGCCUCCCAUCAGCUCGCCGGUGUGGGUUUUGAUGUCAUCCAACAAACACUUUUACAAAUGAGGCAAUAUUCGGGUAUACGUGGAGAGAUUGCAAACACUCAGGUGCUGAAAAAGGACACAGAUGGGCUUUGUCAACUCUCCAAAGCUGCACUCUGUCUUUUUGAAGAGGUUUGUAAUUUGGCCUCCCACUGCCUGUGCUCCUGCAAUGCUGACGAAGUUGCCCCUGGCAUGGAGAGUGAGAUGGUGAUGGUUUAUGUUUGGGGCAGCAACAGCAGCCAUCAGCUGGCAGAGGGAACUCUGGAGAAAAUUUUGCUGCCAAAAUUGACCCAGGGCUUCAAUGAUGCCCAAAUGAUCGAGGCAGGUCAGUACUGCACCUUCUCCGUAUCAACAGAUGGUUCGGUGAAAGCAUGUGGCAAAGGCAGCUAUGGUCGCCUUGGUCUUGGGGACUCGAAUAACCAGUCAAUUCCAAAAAAACUGGUUCUGGAGCCACACAGGAAUAUGAAGAAAGUCUCUUCAUCGAAGGGAUCCGAUGGUCACACUUUGGCUAUAACAACGGAAGGGGAGGUUUUCAGCUGGGGUGACGGAGAAUAUGGAAAACUGGGCCAUGGCAACAGCGCAACACAGAAAUACCCUAAAAUCAUUCAAGGGCCGCUGACAGGGAAGGUGGUUGUUUGUGUGUCUGCCGGCUACAGACACAGUGCUGCUGUGACUAAUGAUGGAGAACUCUACACGUGGGGGGAAGGAGACUUUGGCAGGCUUGGGCACAGCGACAGCCAGAGCCGCAACAUGCCCACACUGGUUAAGGACAUCAGUGGUGUCGGGCAGGUUGCCUGUGGGAGCUCCCACACCAUUGCUGUGGCGCAAGACGGACGCACUGUGUGGUCCUUUGGUGGAGGUGAUAAUGGUAAACUUGGACACGGAGACACCAACCGUGUUUAUCGACCCAAAGUCAUUGAAGGUCUUUAUGGAUUCAUCAUCAGGAAAGUGUGUGCGGGAAGCCAGUCGUCAUUGGCGCUUACCUCGGCUGGACAGGUCUUCGCUUGGGGCUGUGGUUCAUGCUUAGGAUGUGGGUCUUCCGAGACCACCUCUCUCAGGCCCAGGUUCAUAGAGGACUUGAGUAUCACCAAGAUCAUUGAUAUUUCCUGUGGAGACAGCCAUUGUCUGGCGUUGUCACAUGAGAAUGAAGUGUAUGCAUGGGGGAACAACACCAUGGGUCAGUGUGGUCAAGGCCACACCUCCACACCGAUAACCAAACCCAAGAAAGUCCUUGGACUGGAGGGGGUUUCCAUCCAGCAGAUCACGGCUGGCACAUCCCAUAGCCUUGCUUGGACAGCAGUUCCAACAGACAGACAAUUGGUGGCGUGGCAUAGACCCUUCUGUGUCGACCUAGAGGAGAGCACCUUUGCGUAUUUGAGAAACUUCCUGGAAGGUUACUGUGAUGGCAUCGAGAGUGACACUCCUCCUGCCCCAUUCUUAUCCAAAAGGGACCACCACCAGUUUAUUCUGCUCUGCAUGAAGCUGCUGUCCAUCCAUUUGUCUCUGGCUCAUGCUGGGGGCACCGGUGCCAUGGUGCUGGGUGCUCAGGGAAAACCACUGAGAAACCUGUUGUUUCGGCUCAUUGACACCAACAUGCCUGACACGAUACAACAAGCAGUUAUGAACACACUAUCUAUCGGGGCAUCUCUGUUGCUGCCUCCUCUGAGGGAAAGGACCGAGCUUCUCCUGUCUCUGCUCCCUCAGGGCCCCCAGAGUUUAAACGUUCUAUCCAAAGGACAGCGUCUGCAGCUGGACAUGGUCCUCAACAGCCUUCAGGAUCAGAGCCAUGUUGCUUCUCUGCUUGGUUACAGCAAUUUUGGGGAUGUUGGAGUCCUGGGGCCUCCGCUCACACCUGCUUCCACUGUCCGUCCCCCAUCCUCUUCCAGUUGCAUCGAUGACUACGAUCCCUUGCACUUUACGGAAGUUCUCCUCAGGACUUUACUGCUUAGCGUUGGUUUUUACACGGAGCGUGCAUUCGGGGAGUUGGAGAAGAACAGCGACAAGCUGCUGACUGGUGAUAAUCAGAGACAGACUGAUGCUCCCUCUCAUUUUCACCAGUUACUGUCUGCACUUCAUAAGCAUCUGCUUGCGCAUUGCUACAUCCAAUACAGCCCGGAGGAUGACCGCAGUGUAGCUCUGCUUCGAGAGCAUCUUUGCCUGCUGUUUCCCUGUGCUACUGAGACUCUCAGGAGGUCUGCUAAACUCUUGAAGGAGAGUUCAAAGGACAAACAAAUAAUUAAGAAGCUGCACAUGGUAUUGUACAACUCUGUAGCUGGCAGUUUGCUCUGUCAAGUCAUAUAUUCCCUCAUGCUGCUGCCCCUUGAUGUAGUCCAGCCUGUCCUGAGCCAUCUGCGAGCACUGUUGGAGAACCUUAACAGUUUCAACAGGUUGCUACCUGACACAGGCCUGCUGGAGGAACAGGAACUUGCUGUGGAUACCCCGAGUUAUGAGAAACGUGAGGAGAACACGAGCGUGAGACAGAAGGAGGAGUGCAAGUGGGUUUGGCUGCUGGACCUGGAGCGUUCUGUCGCUCUGGCAGUGGGUCGCUGCCUCAGUGGAAUGCUAGAGGGUUUGCCGCCAACAGCUCAAGAGAGAACGUCCAAAUUCUGGCUUUCCAAUAUCCUCUUUAGGAACGGCAUCGAGAUGGACUUUGAAGAACUCGACUCCAGCUUGAGUUGGUUGACCGAAGUGGUGCUGCUGGGUAAUUGUGACUCCAGACUGACUGAGCUGAGUGUGAAUGAGGAAACCAGAACUUUGCUGGAACUGGCACUGGGGUCGUCAAGAGGAGCUGCAGGUGACCUGUGGCAGAAGAUGGAGGAGUAUGCGCUCACUAAAGAGUGGGAGGGUGACGGAUCAGCAGGUGAUUGUUUGCUUCAGACUGUGUGCCGCUGCAGUCUCGCUGCUCUCCUUAAACACACUGGGCUGAAGGAUAAGGCUCUUUGGCAAGACAGAUAUGAGCCCUGUGACUUGCUGCUGGAUGUCUUUGAAACAGUUUACAAAAUCAGGAUCACGCUGUUGGCCAAUAAGAACGCUCCAAGAACAUCACAGGUUCAGUCUGCUGCUAAACUGGUCUCUCAGUCCACCCAAAGUCCUGAUAUGGACCAACAAGAACCUGGCCCCUUAGUAGAAAUUGAGCGACACCCAGAAGGUCACUGCAACAGGGAGGUCCAAGCACCUCCAACACCAACAGCGAACCACAACCAAGAGGAGAUUUCUGAUGAGGAUACGUUUGGAAGCAGUCGAAUGUACCUCUCUGAGGUACUGGAGUCAUUCAUGGCGACACGGGAGGCAAUGCAAGUGCAGCAGAACGUGACUGUGUACGAGUCCUUUGGCACCUCCAAUCAGCCUGGUAGCGCGGAGAGUCCUCUGAGCCCAGAACAGGAAGAGGAUUCCAAGCAGAACUGGGAUGAGCAGAGAGAAUCUGAAGAAAAUGUGUCCUUCCCUGUCGCUUGCCAUCUGGUGGUGUCCCGUUGCCUUUUCCUCCUGUUGGGGGUCCGCCCUGCUUGGAUGGAAACCAGCGAAGGAGAGAAUAACACACUGAAUAUUGGAUUGAGGAAAACAGCAGAAUCCGAAAAUCCGAAGGAUGAUACAAAAAAAAGGUCUGAGCAGCUGAAAAGUCCUUUGGAGUCUACGAGGAACAAAACAGGUUUACCUCUCUGCUCUCUGGGCAUCAUGAAAGACGCAUGGGAUCGCCUCAGACAGUGUAUCACCCUUUCACCUCCUCUGUCUCACUCUGGAAACGACACGUUACCAAUUCUCAACCAAGUUUUCCAGUUUGUCUGUGGAAGCAUGUUCCACCUUUCUGCCUUUGGGGUGAUGCACCCUGGCAGUCAAAGUUGCAGCGAGGCCGACCCCAAAGCUAUCACUCUCGCUAUAAUGCAGCAACAAGAAAGAGCUGAGAUGCGAUUGGAGGCAUUCAGUCAAAUGUCAUCCUUCCUGUCGAAGAUGGAGGAAAAGAGCAGUGGAUUCCAAACGUCCAGUCCAGCCUUGUUGCAGUCUGUGCAGCUCCAGUUCCUCUCUGGGUGUUUUGGUUUGGGAACACAAAUUGCUGGUUGCUACUCAGGAACUAAAUAUGAGCUGCAACAUUACAUGUCUGGUACACAGUCAGCUUCUUUAGAAAAGCAGAGAGAGCUUCAGCUGGCUGCCCACAGGUUCUACAAGCAGGUCAUCUGUGUUCUAAGACAAAAGGUCUUGUUGGAAAAAGAACAUCCAGGUUCUUGCCAGCAUCUUCUACUCGCCACCAUGUUCGCACUCAAUUUUUGCUAUCAGCCUAUGGACCUGGUGUUGGUCAUUGAAUGUGGCAUCCUGGAUCUCCUUGCUAUGCUGACCAACAACAGCUGCACAAUGUUUCAUCAAAGCUGGUUUUCUGCCUCGACCACCGGGCCGCUGCUGUUGAGUGGGGUGGUCAAACUGGCUUGUGCUCGACUGCUUCAGAUAUUAGCCGUUGCUGCCAGCUCCUGUGAAGACCUGCUUCCUGUGGAUGUUUCCUGCGCUCUCAUGGAAGUCAUGUGUGAGCAGCUCCAAAGUAUCUUGCUCACUUUCCAGCAGCAGCAGUCGACAGAGCAGCUGACCACUGACAGAAAGGAUCUGGAGCUUACUGACAGCCGCAGAGCGAUGGAAUCCCAGCUUGCAGACUUUUUGGUGUUUUUGAGACGUGUGCUGUCUCUGCGUGUGCUGAAAACACUUUCCACCUUUGUCAAGUGGAUCAAUCCUCUCAUGACCAUUAUUUCCAGCAAGUGCUCUUCAGGGAGUCCAUUCUUCCAAAGCCUGCGCAUUAAGAUUUUGGCCUUUCAUGUGUUGGAAAGAUUGCUUCCUGCUUGUUCUGAGCCAGAUCAAACAAAAAUGAUUGUUAACCAUCUAUUUGAGCUGUUAUCUUCUUAUAUGUGGGAAGAACCACUGGCUGAGAAGAGUCAAGAAGAAGUGCUUGAAAAGGACAAGAGGAACUCUGGCAGCUAUGAUGAAUGUAUUCCCAUUGGAGAUUUCUCUUUCGACCCACAUAAAUUAAUCUGCUGUGCUUUGGAGAGUGGAAAUGUACUCUCUCAUGGCACUGGAGGGAAAGGAUAUGGCUUGGCGACUACUGCCAUCAGCUCUGGCUGCUUCAUAUGGAAGUUCCAUAUCACCAAAGAGAACCGAGGUAACGAGGGCACGUGUAUCGGCGUGUCACGGUGGCCUGUCAGAGAUUACAACCAUCACACCACAACGGACAUGUGGCUCUAUCGAGCCUACAGCGGCAAUCUGUAUCACGGUGGAGAACUUGUCCGCACCCUUCCUUCUUUCAGUCAAGGGGACACCAUUACCUGCAUUCUGGACAUGGAGGGUCACACAGUAUCAUUUGCCAAGAAUGACAAGGAACCGAAGUUGGCUUUUGAAGGUGUGGUUGCCUCAGAACUGUACCCAUGUGUGCUGUUCUAUAGCAGUAACCCUGGAGAGAAGGUUACGCUCCAUGACCUACAGAUGCGAGGCAUGCCCAGUAAGCUACUUGCAGGAGAGCCCUUCUGUAGUCCUCAGACCACUGUAUUGCUGGAGUCCACGGUGCAGCUUCUCCGCAAGCUUCAUCAGUGUGACCAGUGGUCUCCUCAUAUCAACCAGUACAUCCACAGUCACCUGGAGCUCAUUGGGCCGCUGCUCAAGGAAGAGAAGUUUGGUAACUUUGUGUCAGGUCACACUCCUACGCAGUUUGAGAAAGUAGACAAUGAAGGGGACAGUGACCUGCUGAGUGACAACUCCGCUGAUUCACAACGUUGGUUCCUGUCAGAGACAAAGCUGUCCUCACUGUGUACUGAAAUCUGGCCAGUGCUGGCCCUCAUCGGAGGGGUUGAUAGCGGCCUUCGGGCAGGAGGCUUGUGUCUUCACAAGCCCAGUGGUCGCCGGGCCAUCCUUCUUGGGGUUCUGAAAGAGGGAAGCUCAUUGGCAAAACUCCAGUGGGAAGAAGCAGAUCUCUCAGUCAGCUCCGUCAAUUCUUGGUCACCCAGCGACACGCCGAUCGUCUCGCUGGAGCCCUGUGACAUGCCUGGCUAUGAUGUCACCCGUCUGGGAGGUCUGAAACCAACUGUGUUGUUAGAUCUCAUUUAUUUGGUGGGGCUGCUGGAGGAGCACGGAUGGAAUGGAGCUCAGCAGCUUCUUAAAAGGAAAUACUCAGUGGAGAAUGACUUACAGAAUUGCACAGAUGAAGAUGUGUCUCAUAAUCUGGAUUGGCUGACUGAAGAGGAGAAGAAAAAGCUUGAGCAGCAGAGGAUGGAGACGGAGCCCUUCCCAUCGCAAACAUCUAAGAUUCUGACACAAACACAACAAACAUCUCUGCUUGGCAGGAUGUUUGCUCAGGAGCUGAGAGCCGUUCGGGUUUCCUACCUUCUCACUGGUGCUUUGAAAACUCUGACUGUGAUAUUCAGCUGUGAGAAGCUAGCAGAUCUGCUACUGGUACCAAACCAUGACUCCUCAACAACAACCCCGACAAGCCCAAAUUCGGACCAAAGCAAAGCCAACUGCAAGCACUGGGAUGAGAGUGCGGAACUGAGGUCUGUGCUGCAGUAUGUGGUGCAAAGUAUGGUCAAGUGGGCCGUGCGACCUUGUCCCAUCAAACAGAGGGUGUCUCUUGCUGACCUGGAAAGAGCUCAGUUCAUGAUCUACAAGGGGGCGCUCAACCGACUCCAGGACAAAGAACACAAAGAAUCAGGUCCCAGCUUCUCCUCUCAGCCCUUAUCAAAGUCCUCCAGCUCUGUGUCGUUGUACAGUGCUGGGUCGGAGGGGACAGCCAUUUUCGGACAAUCCAACAGAGCCUCAGCCUCGUCCUCCAACACAGAACUGGCCUCAUCUCUACCAACAAACCUGCAGCAGGACAGUUUGGACAGCUUUGACCCUUUUCUUCCCAUCAGCCUUCUCCAGCACAUGGUGCUUACUCGGUUUCCCACACUAACCGGCCUGGUCAGCAGCCCCCCUGUUCUGCAUCCCUGCUUCAGCCUGGCCACUUCCGCCUCAUGUGAUGCCUUCACUGAGCAGCAGACUAGCUUCAUGGAGCCUGGUCCUUGCAUCACUCAGGCCAGAAGCAGUCUGGUCUCAGAGAGAGCAACUGCACUUUGUUUUAACUCUUCAGAACGGACACAAAUGUUUGUCACCAGUCGGUUGCUAGAAAUGGGAUUCACUAUGAGACAUAUCUACUGGGCCAUGGAAGCAGCAGAUGUUGCAGGUGACUUGGACUCUCGGACGAUUGAGGUGUUGGCCAGCUGGAUGCUAGAGCACCCGCUGACUGAAGACCAGCAUGCAGGAAAUUCCCCCAGGGCGGAGGGGGCACCUGACACCCCAUCACCAGAUGGGCCAGAGACUGUACAGUGCCCUGAGCGCCCCACGAGCCAACCGACUGAAAGCUUGUUGCCGGGACUCGACUGGAUUGAGCGGGAAAACUUUUUAGACGUCCACCUGACCAGGAACAGGCCUCCACCAGCACGUCGACGGCGCUCGGGUCCGACCCAGAGGACAUCUUUUCGAAGAGCAGAUCUGCCGUCACCCAGCCCUCUACCUCAGCUCUUCCAGCAACACCCUACUGUCAGUGUUUGGCCUGAGCACGUGGAGUUUCAUUCCUUCUCAGCAGAGGAAGAGUCAGAGUUCGGCUACAUGGACGAUCCGUACCAUGAGGAAACCUACGAGGACCUUCUCACUCCGUCUUUGUUCAGUUUGGAGAGGGAUGCUCUUCAGAUCGUAGAGGUCGGAGAGGAGCACAAUCAGAUGGUGAAAUGUGAGCUGUGCAACACGUUCACGCUUCAGUUUAAUAAUCACAUAAAGCACCGUCAUCCAGGCUGUGGUCUGAGCGCGGCACGGAAAGGUUACGACAGCACGGGGGCGUACGUUGACGUCUGGUUCAAAGGGGAAUGUGGCUCUAACUUCCCCUUCUACCUGCUGUGCACCUCGUGCCGGGAAAAGUAUCUAGCUGCAAAUCUGGGAGAGUCCAAACAUGACAAGAUUAAAGGGUUGACCUCAGAUUUGAUUGGCCAUUUGGACAGUACUUCUGAUGAUGAUUGGGAAAUGAGCCACGGUGAUGAGUGUGACGCCGACAAGCUGACUGGGCUUGAGGACUUCGGACUCCUGCUGAGACCACUGGGCCUCACUGAGAAGAAGCUGGUGCCGGACCCAAUAACCUUCACUGAGCCAGAUCCGCUGGGGGCUCAAGCUUACAGCACAACUGAGAGUUCAAGAGCUGUUGUACAGAAAGGGAAUGCCCUUGUGGAGCAGAAGAGCUCCCUGAGUCUCGGACAGCAAGCGACAUCACUGAGAGACUCGCACGACAGACUCAAGGCCCUUAGACGCGUCACUUCUACUGCACAGAUUCUUCUAGCAUACAACAUGGUGAUGCGGGCGCUGUCUCAGUCCUCAGCUAGUGCGUCAGUGUGCAGUCCCUCCAAUGGGCUGGAGUCACUUGGUCUGGCAGACAUCCGCAUUCUGGUGCGUUUGAUGACUCUUGCUGCAGGAGGCCGCGCUCACGCUUGUGUUGGCGGACAGUUGGGCACGAAGGGGCCAGUGUCUGAUCACAGCAGCUCCCUUAACUUUCUCACUGCGGCCAUCGGGAGCGUAGUUUCACAAAGUCCUACUGCGUAUCGACAGCUGGUGGAGAUCUGCACUCAGGAGUUAAUGUCUGCAGCAACUGGUGUGAACAUUGGAGCCAUCAGCGAUCCCUCUCAGAGAAGUUGCGUGAGCUCCAGUGUAACCACUGUAACGGCUCUGCAGCACUGCGAGCAAACAUCUCCAACAUUCCUGGUCACGCAAAGUCUUGUUUCACUGCUGACAGAAAAGGGAGUUCAUUUUCACAGCCCUGAUAAGUUUGACCACGGGAACCACGAUUCCAGCAGCCAAGCAGCAUCGUCAUCAUCAUCGUCGUCCUUGCCUGCAUCCCCUUUGACCCACCUGAGUUCCCGGGUCAGUCCUCUGGAGCUGGCGAAUGCGUUGGCAGCUUGCGUCCUGUCUGCCAGACUGAUGAGCAAACACAGACAGUGGGCAGCUCAACAGCUGGUGCAGGCACUGGCUGUGAGCGGACGGGACAGCCCCAGUCGACCACAGACUUACAGUGACUUAGCUGGAGACCUACGCAAAUGCCACCUGAAGAGACUAGAAGGGCAUUACAACAAGGUGGCCAGUUGUUCCUGGAACAGCGAGCAGAAUCUGCUGGCUACAUGCUCUCAAGACAAAGUGGUGCAACUGUGGACCAUCAACCCCAUUUCUGCAGACCUUCACACCACAUUCUCCUGUGUAACCAGUAAGAGCGAUCGAUCAAGUUUCGAUAGAGCUGGCCGCUGUCACCACAUGUCUCCCGUCUACUGGAGUCCUGCAGGAAACUUCCUGGCCGCCCCAGAGAACAAACACAUAAACAUCAUGAAUUUUCGGGGCUCCAACUGUCACAUAGAAGCCCAGUUGUCCCGGGUAACUGCGCUUUGUUGGGCUGCUUGUCAAACCAGAGCUGCAGAGAGCUUGUUAGUGGGGCGGCUGGACGGCUCGCUCUGCUGGCUGCAGGUCUCAUUACAAGAAGCUGAGCUGCUGGUGCGGAGCACUGAACUCACUUACUGCUGCAGGGACGAAGCUCCCCAGUGUGUAUCUUGGCACAGCGUGGAGAAGCCCUUCGCAGUGGGCUACCCUAACGGAAAUGUGCUGCUGGCUGCAGCUGAUACAUAUGAGAACGAGCAGCCGGCAGUGGUGUCAGUUUUUGAGGACUGUGUCAGUUCACUGAAGUGGGAUCCUACAGGGCACCUGCUCCUUUGUUUGGGCCGGUCUGAGACGGUGAAGGUGCUGGGAUGCUGCAGGGGCACGUGGGUGACCCUCCACUCCCUUAUUCACUCCAGCACCGUUAAUGUCGCAGAAUGGUGCCCGCUGGCCGGGAGAGAACCAGAUCCCAGGGUCAUGAUGGCUGUGGGCUGUCAGAAUGGCUCUGUGUAUGUAUGGACUCUACCACAAGGGAGCGCUGCAGCACCUUUGUCCAACAUGUUAAAAAGCUCCUCAAGUGAGGAGGGAAAUAUCGAUGUAAAGGACAGUGCCAAGUGCGUGUUUCUUCUUCACGGUCACAUAACAUCCGUGAAGUCGCUUUCAUUCUGCUCAAGUGGACUCGCACUGGUUUCCGGCGGCAUUGGAGGACUGCUCAAUAUCUGGUCCUUACAGGAUGGUUCUGUCUUGCAGACAAUCACAGGGAUGGGGUCAGUUGUCAGUACAACCUGGGUACCAAACUUUGGGGUCGCUGCCUGCUUUGGGAGGUCAAAGGACGUCCUGUUGAUCUGUUGCACACCGGACUGGAUCUGCCAAAAUCACGUGCUUGCUUCCUGUCGCAUGGUGCUCAGAAGCCAAAACAUCUUGGGUCUUCACCGAGCACCGUGCUUAGCCGUACUGCUUGAGCGACUGCCCUUAAUGUUGCAGGAGCAGUAUUCCUGCGAGCAGACUCACGUGGCUGCUGGCGAUCAGCUUGUCCACAGUGCCUUCCUCCAGAGCCUGGCGUCUCUGGCUGUUGGUCUGUCAUUAGAGGAGCACCUCUGUCAUAACCCCUGCCCUCCGCAUCACACCAGCCUCUGCUCCUACUGCUGCCCACCUGAGUGGAGCUGGCUCGCCACUUACGCCACCACUGUCCGUAGCGCGGAGGCGAUAGCAAGUGGCAUUGUCUUCCCUGAAUCCUUCAUUGUUUCAGAGUUCGAAGCAGUGGAGGACAGUGAGAUCAGUAAAGCGCUGGACAAUAGUCAGUGGACCUUCAGGAUGGACGAACAGCUCAUGUCAUGGGUUGCAGCAAAACCAGAGGACUGGCAACGUGGUGGGAAGAGUGAUGUUUAUCUCUGGGGAAAUGGACGUUACGGACAGCUGGCUGGAAAAGGAACCAAUCCCUCGAUGCCCACACUCGCCCCCUCACUUCUCCAAACACAGCAGGUGGUCUGCGGUCAGUACUGCACCUUCCUGGUCCAGUCCAAUGGGACGGUCCUGGCUGUAGGAGAAGGACAGUACGGUAGACUGGGCCAAGGGAAUUCCGAUGACCUAUUUGUUCCAGCCAUCAUCUCUGCUUUCCAAGGCUACAUGGUGACCCAGGUAGUGACGUCCUGUGGGUCAGACGGACACUCCAUGGCCCUCAUGGAGACAGGAGAGGUUUUCAGCUGGGGAGAUGGAGAUUUCGGUAAACUGGGGCACGGCAACAGUGAACGUCAGAGGAGACCUAAACAAAUUGAGGCUUUGCAAGGAGAAGAGGUCGUUCAGCUGGCUUGUGGUUUCCGGCACUCAGCUGUGGUGACCGCAGAUGGGAAACUCUUCACUUUCGGCAGCGGAGAAUCUGGUCGCCUGGGUCAAAGAUCAACGUCCAACAAAAUGCUGCCGGAAAGAGUGGCGGCACUGGAGGGCCACCAUGUGGGCCAGGUCUCUUGUGGUCUCAACCACACGUUGGUGCUCUCGCAGGACGGCAUGACCGUGUGGGCUUUUGGAGAUGGAGAUUAUGGCAAACUGGGAACUGGUUCAUCAACUGCUAAAUAUUACCCUCAGCGUGUGGAGCAGCUUUGCAACAAGCGAAUUAAGAAGGUUUGUUGUGGAACUCAGUUCUCGGUGGCUCUGGCCUGGGACGGACACGUUUACACCUUUGGUCAAGAGCGGCUGAUCGGUCUUCCAGACUCGAUGCACAAGAACAAAUCCUGUCCUCAGGUGGUGCCGUCUCUGGAGGGCGUGCACAUCGAAGACGUCUCUCUGGGCUGUGAGCACGUCCUCGCCUUGUCCUCCACUGGGGACGUCUACGCGUGGGGUUGCAACAGCGAGGGCCAACUUGGUCUUGGACAUUCUAACCCAGUGAAGGAGCCCACACUGGUCACUGCCCUUCAGGGGAAGAAGAUCAAGCAGAUCUCUGCUGGCCGCUGCCACAGUUCAGCGUGGACCACACCCUCUACCUCCUUACAAAACUCAGGUGUUGGUGGCUCUGGAAGUCUUCUGAUGGGCUGCCCUCAAUCCGUCCCUCCCCAGUACAACACUCUGAAAGACCUGAGCCCCAGCCUCCUCAGCACAAGGCUCAGGGUCCUGCACCACUUCUCUGAUCUCAUGUAUAAGUCCUGGAGGCUGCUAAACCUGGAUCCCAGCAACAUGGUGUCCACAUCACGCUACAGUUCAGGGACAUCUGCCAUCAUCCGGGGCGAGCUGCGAGGCCUUCUGUCGCCCAAGGUCAACACUCUACCUUUAAUGCGCUCCAUUGGCAGAACUAUGACCCAGGGAAAAACAUAUGGGCCGCAGAUCACUGUGAAACGAUUAUCCACAAGGGGCCGCUCCAGCAAGCCCAUCUUUGUGCAAGUGGCAAAGCAGGUAGUGAUGCUGAACCCCUUGGAGCUGCGGCUUCCGUCCCGAGCCUGGAAAGUCAAGCUGGUGGGAGAAGGAGCCGACGAUGCUGGAGGGGUGUUCGACGACACCAUCACUGAGAUGUGCCUGGAGUUGCAGUCUGGUGCGGUGGACCUUCUCAUUCAUACUCCCAACAGCUUUGCCGACGUAGGCAGCAACACAGACCGAUUCCUCUUGAACCCGGCUGCCCAGUCCAAGGAUCACAUGGCUCAGUUUCGCUUCCUGGGGAUUCUCAUGGCGGUCGCUGUCCGCACUAAGAAACCGCUGGACCUGCAUCUGGCCCCCUGGGUUUGGAAGCAGCUCUGCGCAAUGCCACUUGUCGGGUCCGAUCUGGAGGAGGUGGAUCUGCUGACUCAUCGCACUUUACAGGGAAUCCUUCACCUGGAGAACAGCGGCAUCACAGAGGACAAUUUCCACGUGAUGAUUCCGCUGGAUUCUUUCAUGGCGCACAGCGCCGACGGAAGACUGGUUCCUGUGGUUCCUGGUGGUCAAAACAUUUCUCUCACUUUUGCCAACCGGACUGAAUAUGUGGAACGGGCCCUGGAGUACCGGCUUCAUGAAAUGGACCCGCAGGUGGCGGCAGUCAGAGAGGGCAUGUCCACCAUCAUCCCCGUCCCCCUCCUCUCCCUGCUGACCGCGCAGCAGCUGGAGCAGCUGGUCUGCGGCCUGCCCGAGGUCUCGGUCCACAUGCUGAAGAAGCUGGUGCGCUACCGUGACAUCACCGAGAGCCACCAGCUGAUUGGCUGGUUCUGGCAGAGCCUGGAGGAGUUCACCAACGAGGAGCGAGUGCUCUUCCUGCGCUUCGUGUCCGGCAGGUCCAGGCUGCCCUCCAACCCGGCCGAUAUCUCCCAGAAGUUUCAGAUCAUCAAAGUGGACAGGCCUGUCAACGGACUCCCGACCGCUCAGACCUGCUUCUUCCUGCUCCGUCUGCCGCCGUACACGAGCCAAGCCGUCCUUGCCGAGCGUCUGCGUUACUCCAUCCACAACUGCCCGUCCAUCGACAUGGACAACUACAUGCUGACGCACAACACCGACCCCACGGACAGCUCCGAGGACGACGGCGACGACUGAAAGCAGCUGUGGCUGACGAAUGUAUUUUAUCUGAUGCACAUUAUUUAUGCACUAAAACAACACAGAUUUUUAUUUGCCAAACCCGUACGGUACUGUAUACUGUUUCUAUGUGGAUGGAUUGUGUAGUUUUGUUUUUACUGAGGUGUCGUAACUAUUGCAGUGCUUUUCUCUGAGUCCACAGGGACGUGGAACCAAGCUCUGAACUAUAUAUAGCCACAUGGAUGAACUUAAUGUGCCUGUUUGUCUGACACUGAAUAAGAGCAACCUGUCGGACGCCGACAGUUGUAAAAUAAAGAGUGUUUAUGUAAACAACAAAGGAUGCU